CCUUGACCCUGGCUCUCUACUCCCACACUCUCUUACCUCCGCUGGGGUGACUGCUAAACUGCUGUGCUUUGGUACAGCAGGUUAAUUCUCAAGCCCCUGUCCUCCUAAGGCCUCAGAGGUUCUCUGCUGGGUCUGUGUCCUGGAACUGGAGCCCCACAAUGAAGGCCCAGGGUGUCCUCUGGAUAGUGCUUGGAUUGCUGCUGUGGUCAGAGCCAGGGACAGCCUCCUCCUUGCCCCUGGUCAUGGACUCCAUCAUUCAGGCCCUUGCUGAACUUGAGCAAAAUAUACUGGUGACUGGGGCCAAUGUUACUGCCUCUGCAAGGAUUCUGUCAGCCAAGAACUCCAGCCCCCACAAUUCCCUUCCCCAGCACUUGCUGCUGAAGGCACCAAGCCACAACACUACAGAGCCAGAUCUUCACUCACUCAGCCCUGAGCUUCAAGCCCUGAUUUCUGAGGUGGCCCAGCAUGAUGUACAGGAUGGGCAGGAAUAUGGAGUGGUGCUAGCACCUGAUGGCUCCACUGUAGCGGUGAAGCCUCUACUGGUUGGGCUAGAGGCUGGUCUACAGGGGUAUGGUGUUGCUAAGUUGUCUUCAGAUUGCCUGACCAUCCCCUGUGAUACUGGAGACACCUUGACUAAUAUUGGAGCCACCUGGCCAGGACUCAUGGAUACCUUUACAAAUGCCUCUUCUCCAGAUGUUGGAGCCACUUUACCAAAUGACAAAGCCAAGACUCCCACCACUGUGGACAGACUCCUGGCAAUAACCUUGGCUGGUGACUUAGGUCUGACUUUCCUCCAUGGGUCCCAGAUUAGGAGUCCUCCAGGCCUAGGAACUGAGGGCUGCUGGGACCAGCUUUCUGCUCCCAGGGUCUUCACACUGUUGGACCCCAAGGCAUCCAGGCUUACCAUGGCUUUCCUCAAUGGUGCCUUGGAUGGAGCUCUCCUUGGGGACCACUUGAGCCGAAUCCCUAGGCCCCACCCACCCCUCAGCCACCUGCUGAGAGAGUACUAUGGAGCUGGGGUGAAUGGAGAUCCAGAGUUCCGAAGUAACUUCCGAAGGCAGAAUGGGGCUGCUUUGACUUCAUCCCCUACCCUGGCCCAGAAGUUAUGGGAGGCCCUUGUCCUGCUACAGAAACUGGAGCCAGGACAUCUGCAGUUGCAGAGCAUGAGCCAAGAACAGCUGGCUCAGGCAGCCACCUUUGCUACCAAAGAGUUCACUGAAGCUUUCUUGGGAUGCCCAGCCAUUCACCCCCGCUGCCGCUGGGGAGCGGCUCCCUACCGAGGCCACCCAACGCCACUCCGGCUGCCACUUGGAUUCUUAUAUGUGCAUCACACAUACGUGCCAGCGCCACCCUGCACCACCUUCCAGAGCUGCGCGGCCAAUAUGCGCUCCAUGCAGCAUUUCCACCAGGACGUGCGCCACUGGAAUGACAUCGGCUACAGGUUGAAAACUAAGAACUCCUUUGAGAGACCCUUAAAGGUCCAGAAGGCACUAUACCUAAUGAUCCUUUGAGCAACCAUAGCCCUCCAAUAAAGGGACCACUGAAAGGAAAUAUCUCUAUGAGCAUCAUCUUUCUCAGAGACCAAAAUGCAAGCAAAGUGCGUGUGGCUCCAUGGGAAAGCACCUAGUUGACAAACAAGAAGCUUUUGAUUGUGUUUUGUAUUUUCAUUUUUUUAUGACAGUGUUUCUCUGUGUAGCCUUGGCUAUCCUGGAACUCACUCUGUAGACCAUGCUGGCCUCAAAUUCACAGAGGUCUGCCUGCCUCUGCCUCCUUAGUGCUGGGAUUAAAGACGUGUGUCACCACUACCCAUCAGCUCUUGAUCCCUACUCCAGCACUACAAAAUAACUGAAACUGGGUCCAGGAGCUCAUAUUUGUAAUUGCAGCAACUGGAAGACAGAGGAAGGAGAAUUUCUUGGAAGCUGUGGGUAUUAGGGACUGACACCUCCUAACAAUGAGUACUAAAGAGUCAGGAUGACAAAAAUGGAGGCAGCUUAUUUUACGACCUUAUAGGGUGAAAUGCCAACAAAACUGGUAACGAUGCCCCUUUGGGAGAAAAACUGUCCUUUUUUUAAAUGGUCCUAAUCAAAAUCCCUUUCCCCUCCUUGCUGCAUGUUGCCUGAGUUUCAUCAUCCAUCCCUUCCCCCCUUUUUUCAAUGUAUGCUCUUGGUCAUGAUGCAGCAAGCUACCUGUAUCCUCCCAUCCUGAGACAGAUAACCUUUGGUUUGAAAAGAAGUUUAGCCAAAAGACCAGACAAGAGGGCACAAGGUGUUAGGGCAGAGAUGCCAAUGCCAUCUACUUACCUGACACCUAAGCCUGUCUAAGGGGCUUUUGUAUUAAAAAUGGAAGAUCGUAUUUUGUUUUUCAGCAAAGCUAGAAGCUAAUCUGUGCUACAGAAUCAAGAAAACAAAAGCAAAUAAAUGAACUUCAGUACAAAAUGG